CGCUGAUCGUGCUGUAACAGUGGUCUAAUGUCCUCUCCUCUCUGGUCGGGCAUUUAAUAUACUGCUUGUAUUUGGGAAGCUCAUGGCUCAGAUUGACUUUGUUACAGUCCCCAAGAGCAAUGAUGAGAGAGUCCGGGAAUGUCCGCUCCAUGUGCAGUAUCUGCUCCGCGAGUGCGCACUGAGCUGCCUGCACAUCUGCAUCUGGCGGGAUGUAAACAGCGGCCAGGAUGAAUGAAGCAAACUCCCGCGGAGAAUAAAACGGUUUGCAGUGCAUGCGACCUUUAUGCUCUGUGAUGUGGUUUCUCUCGGUUGUCUGUGUGAUGUGGUCACGUUCAGGUUUGAGAAAUCCCGUUCAGCCCCUCUGCCCUGUGCAGACUCAGUGCUCCGGCCCGACAGGUGGCGGUGUUCACCUGUCGGCUGGCAGCAGCAGAAGUAGAAGAAGAAGACGCUGCUGUUAGACAGUCCGCCAUUUGCUGACCCUCGGAUCCUCCGGUAGCUUCUUCUUCCCAACAAAUCUGCUACAGCUACACCUUCACCUGAAGCGGUACCUGCGCGCGCGGCACAGCGGCGGUGAUGGCGGCCGACCGGCGCGAGGACAAAGAUGGAGAGCUGAACGUUCUGGAAGAUUUACUGACUGAAGCUCCUGAUCAAGAUGACGAGCUGUACAACCCCGAGACAGAGCGUGACAUCAGCGACAAGAAAGGUACGAAGAGGAAGAGCGAGCGUUCUGACAGCCAGGAUCUAAAGAGGCUCCGCUCCUCGUCAGGCCACGGUACUUCUAGGUCAUCAUCCUCCAAUAAGAGAGCUCCAGGGCCAUCUCUGUCCUCCUCUAAAAAGGCGUCGAGCCCUCGCGGCCGGCACUCCACCACUUACCGUCAUGAGUAUUAUGAUGAACGAAAGGGGAGACGUGGGGCCCGAGAGGUGACGAGGAGCCGUGGAGGAGAGGACGCAAGACGGCGAGAGUCCCAGAGAGGCCUGGAGGGUCUGAGUCAGAAGUUACGCCGUGAUGAGCGGCGAGCAAGUCCCCCCCCCCAUGAGGAGGAGAACCAAUCAGAGGACGAGACAGGAGCAGAAUACGGCUCAGAACAGGCAUCGGGCAGCUCCUCCCCCGCUGCUUCCCAUGUAGAGGAGGAAGAGGAAGAUGACCAGGAGGAAGAGGAGGAAGAGGAGGAAGAAGGUAUGGAAGAAGAAGAAGAGGAGGAGGAGGAGGAAGAGGAAGGAGAGAAGGAGGAGGAGGAUGAGGAGGAAGAAGAAGAGUACGACCGUCGUGGUGGUGAGGGCAAUGACUAUGACACACGUAGCGAGGCUGGUGAUUCACGCUCCGCCUCCUCUGUCAGCUUCUCUGAUGAUGGCGAGUCAGCACACUCAGGCUCCGCCUCCGAGGCCUCAGGUUCAGAAAAGAAGCGGGAGAAGCUGUCAUCGUCGGUCCGUGCAGUUCGUAAAGGCAUGGAGAAUCCAACAAGCAAGCUGCGUUAUAUCCUGAGAGAUGCCCGAUUUUUCCUCAUUAAGAGCAACAACCACGAGAAUGUGUCACUGGCCAAAGCUAAGGGUGUUUGGUCGACACUGCCGGUGAACGAGAAGAAGCUCAAUGCUGCCUUCCGCUCAGCUAGGAGCGUUGUUCUCAUCUUCUCUGUGAGGGAAAGUGGAAAAUUCCAAGGUUUCGCUCGUUUGGCGUCAGAGUCUCAUCAUGGUGGCUCUCCGAUCCACUGGGUGCUCCCUGCUGGAAUGAAUGCCAAGAUGCUGGGAGGAGUCUUUAAGAUUGACUGGCUCUGCAGGAGGGAGCUUCCUUUCAUUAAGACCGCCCACCUCUCCAACCCCUGGAACGAACACAAGCCGGUGAAAAUUGGACGUGACGGCCAGGAGAUCCAGCCGGACAUUGGUGCUCAGCUCUGUGCCCUGUUUCCAUUGGAUGAGAACGUGGACAUUCACCAGGUGGCUCGCCGCAUUCGUCACAAACGUCGCACACCAUCGGAGCCGCGGCCUCGGGGCCGACCACCACAACGUGAACCGGGAAGGCGUCGACCUGAAGAGUAUGACCUCCACGGCAGGAAGCGACUGCGACCUGACGGUCCACCAGACUUCAGCCAGCGAGCAGGGUUCAUCCAGGACCUGAGGAGCCAGCCAGUGGACAGGCGAUUUUCUGGCGUAAGACGAGACGUGUUUCUCAAUGGGUCCUAUAACGAGUAUAUGAGGGAUUACCACCACAGUGUCGGCCCCCCGGCGCCCUGGCAGACUCUGGCGGGCUAUCCCGGCGUGGAGCAGCCACCCCCACACCAUCCACCCUACUACCACCACAGCCACCCACCGCCUCCCCCUCACCAGGCCUACCACCAUCAUCACCACCCACCCCUGCCACCACACGAGGCCCCGCCCCCUCGCUUCAGAGAUAAGCAACGAGCACCGCAGCACCGCGCCUUCACGUCCAGCCCACACGACUAUGACAUGCGAGUGGACGACUUCCUGCGGCGGACGCAGGCAGUGGUGAGCAGCCGGCGGGAGCGAGAGCGUCAGCGUGAGCGUGAGCGAGGUGGCCCGCGCCGUGACAGAGAGCGAGAGCGAGUGAGGGAUAGAGACAGAGAAAGAGAAAGGGACAAGGAGAGGGGGCGGUACCGCAGGUGAUCUGAUGACAUCACUUCUUGGCAGCCUGCACUGCUUUUUUUUUUUUUCUUUUUUUUUUUUUUUUUUUUGG